CGCGGAAGCGAGUGAACGAACACUGCUGGCUGGGUGGAGGAUGGAAGGUGGUGGAGCGAGGUUUCGCGGUGGCCGCAGUCAUCGUGGUGACGAUGGCGAUGCCAGUGGCAGCAGUCGUAAUAGCGUGGGAGAAGGAGUUAGAGGGAGGCUGGCGAGUGCUAGGGACAGCUUGAAGGAAGCAGAGUACACAAUCAAGGUGCCACGCGGGUUUGCGGGGCGAUGCCGUGAGAUUGAUGAUUUCGAACGACUCGGCCGGCUUGGCGAGGGAACAUACGGCAUCGUUUACAAGGCCAAGGACAUUGAAACAGGAGCCAUUGUUGCUGUGAAGCGUAUCAAGAUGAAGGACGAGCGAGAAGGCAUGCCGCAGACGAGCCUGCGGGAGGUGACGACGCUCAAGGCCAUGGAGCACGAGAACGUGGUGCAGCUGCUAGACAUUGCCGUGGGCGGCGCACACGACCAAGUGUAUCUUAUUUUCGAGUACUGCGAGCACGAUCUUGCCUGGCUUGUCGACAACCUGCCUGCGCCCUUCCCGGAGACGGUGGCCAAGUCCCUCACGGUCCAGCUGCUGAAAGGCUUGCGCGCCCUGCACAGCAUGUUCAUCGUCCACCGCGACAUUAAGCUCUCCAACUUGCUGCUGAACUCGCGCGGGUACCUGAAGAUUGCCGACUUUGGGCUGGCGCGGCGCAGCGGCGACCCACCGCGUCCAAAGACAACCAACGUGGUCACGCUCUGGUACCGUGCCCCGGAACUGCUAUUUGGGGACAAGGCGUACACAAGCAAGGUUGACUGCUGGUCCGCUGGCUGUGUCAUGGGCGAGCUCCUGGCACACAAGCCCAUUUUGCCGGGCAAGUCGGAGGUGUCGCAGCUGGACCUCAUCAUCCAGCUGCUGGGGACGCCAAACGAGGCAAUAUGGCCCGGGUUCUCGAGCCUGCCGCUUGCAUCGCGGUUCCAGCUCACCGCGCAGCCCUAUAGCAAUCUCAAGGACGAGUUUCGCUUCAUAUCUGACCGCGGGAUUGACCUGCUGCAGCGGCUGCUGACAUACGACCCGCACCAGCGCUGGUCGUGCGAUCGUGCGCUCGGCCAUGCCUACUUCCGCGAGUUCCCCUACCCGUGCACCCCGGAUAUGAUGCCGACGUUUGCGGUGGACGGCCGAGGCGACGAGGAGGCCACGGAGGAGAGGGAGGAGGCAUGGGAAGACAGGGGAACCGGCAAGCGGCCGCAGCAGCCGCGGCAGCACAGCCGUGGUGGCGGUGGCGGUGAUGGUGGUCGUGAUCGCGAUCGUGGUCGUGAUCGUGGUCGUGGUGAUCGCGAUCGUGAUGGUGAUGAUGGUGGUGGUGGUGGUGGAGGGCGUGGCGAUGAUGGCAGGAGCAGGAGGCGACGAAGAAGCAGUCCCUCCCACGCACAGCGAUCCACGCGCAGCAAGGGCGAUCAUCGACGAUGACGUGAGACGAUGAAGCGAGGUCUGCGUGCGUGUGUGAGUGUCUGAUUGCGUGUGCGUGUGUGUGCUUGCAGGAUGUGGCAUGUUGUGAACAGAGUGAAAACCGUUACAAAGUAG